ACUACGGCUACACGAUGUAAACAGCAAGGGCUGAGACAAGAUGGCAGUUUAAUGUAGCAUAGUUAAAAUAACAGAUACUGUCUUUCGAAGAUUUAUUUAUAAAGUUGUUUGUUGUGUCAUCUGUCCAUCCAGCUAGCUGUUGGACAUAGCUUGCAGCUAACAACAGACUGCGGCAGUAUCUCUGGCCAAAGAUGUGCACAGGAGUGAGUGAAAUGUCGAACCCGAUUCCGUGUGGUACAAACUACGAAGCUGAGGCAACAAUGACAGGCGACAGCUUGGACAUAUAAAACGGAGACGUGUGAGAAUGAUUUCCAGAUACAACAGGAGACCCGUGUCACACAAACUGGAGAUUCGUGGACUGUCUCGAAACAGUCUGGACCAACACCCUCUUCCAGAGAAAGCACAUGACACCCAAAUCCCUCAGCACUACCUCCAUGACCUCCAGGAACGUGUUUCUACUCAGAACAGCUGUGAGACGUCUGCUGCUUUUGUUCAGUCGGGCUGUCCCACAGUGAUCUCAGUAGACUCCACCCAGUCCUGGUCAGGUAUCCACAGCUCAGCAGGAACUGGCAUCUCCACGGAGAGGAGCUCGAUUUUCUCCUGGCGCUAUGAUGAAUUUGACAAAGCAGCGUCACAACAGGUGCAGCAAAUGUUCAACGAGCUUGACAAAGAGCUUUAUGAGGGGAGAGUCAGUGGAGGAGGAAUACCUCAGGGGCUGCAGGAUGAAUGUCAGCAGUGGGCCACUCGAUUCCCACAUCUUCGGAUUCUAGGGACUCAGCUGAUGUGCUCCAAUGACGAAGGCUUUCAGUGGUAUGAUGCUGCUUCAGAGAAGCACAGCGCUGCCAAUAACCCAUCAGCAGGCAAAGACAGACCUUCAAACUCCAAGGAGCAGGAUGAAGCCAAAAUAGAGUUGAACGUGCAGGGCAAGAAAGCAUCACUGCUGAAGUCACCUUCUCCAGAGUUGGAUGUGCUCACUGAUUCCAGCAUCCAAGACAGGCCAAGAGAGAUAGAAGUGGAAGGUUUAUUUGAGGAGUACUUGGCUUUUGACAGCAGGGAUUUGGAUGAUGAGUGGGAGCAGGAAUGUUCAGGCUGGCGUGAGAGGCAUCGCUGCUUGCCCCCAGUAUCCCCAUUUCAAUGUCGUCAUCAAGCAAUUCUUGAUCUACUGUUCGAUGAUGUGUGGAGGCAGCUGGUUGGCUGCAUGAAAGAGCUGGUCCAACGCCAGUGGGAAAGCUACAACACUCAAGAUGAACAACAUUCUCGGAGCUUGACCCCUGUGCAGCGUGACUUUCAGAAUCCUUUAAUGCUGCCCGCUGUGCUGCCCAGACUUGGUCAGAGCAGGUUGCCCCAGCUUACAGGUGGUCCACAGUCCCAGAACACAAAGUCAAGAGGGUCAAAGCACAAGUCCAGACGGAAAUCCAAAAAGCAGAAAAGGCCUCCUGCUGCUGUAAGGGUACCAGGAGGAGCAUCAGUGGCCCAAAACAACCUGAAUGACCUCAUAGUGAUCCACAGUAUCCCUUUACAACAGAGGAACCUAGCAGUCCUGGAGAGAACACAGGAUUCAGAAGACAGGAUGCCCCCCAGACCAGGCUCCAGCAUGGUCCUCUCCAGCAAACCCCGCCCUCGUCGAACCCUGGAGCAGAGCUCUUCCUCUCUGUUGCGCCCACCACAGUCAGCUCGACGCAGAAACCCUCCUCCCCGUACCCUCCUGCCACUGGUUCCCAGCCCAAGUCAGGCCAGUGUUCCAGGAUCCAUGGAUGAGGUCAUCCGUGGGACACGACUACUUACAGCCAGUGACCGUCUGGCCCCGACCUCACCGCUAACACAUUUAAGCAAGAACACACUCCUUCCCCCCAUCGGCUACAGAGACCCAGACCCUUCCCAUUCAGCACACCAGUCCAAACUCACACAGCGUCACAAAGGCCUGUCCAGCCAUGCCCACAGCGCUGCACAUGAUGAAGACGGUAGCUCGGUACCAAAGGAUCGUUACAACAUACUGGACAGCUUUUCUCGACCAAACACCACACACACGUACAGGUCAGACACCCCGUACCGCCGUUCCUUCACAGUACUGGACAGCAUCAGACAGGGUCGGCCUGCCAGAGCAUCUGUGGGCACAGAUUCUCUUGCAAUCGGCGUGACAGGCAUCAGUCUUGGCGUCAGCAGUUCUUCUUUCUUGGAUUCAUUUUCCCAUCAUCCCCUGGGUCACUCACCCAUUGAAGAUGAAGAGGAGCCAGACCCACAAACUCUUAUUCCAGCUCCAUUGGUGCCUGUGUCAAUCCCACUGCGGUCUUACACCCGGGGAGGCAUCUCAUCCAGAUCCAGCAGACCUGGCUUGUAAUUCACCUAAACUGCUUCACGCAUGAUGGAGUGCAACUUACUGCAGCAAGUGCAUAGAAAACA